AUGGCUCCAAUCAACUUCGGUAUUCUUAUGAUUCCUUAUCAAACUGUUGAUGUAGCCAUGCCCUUGGAUGUUUUGGGCUCUUGUUCCAAAGCAAUGAUGGAAGCUUGCCAAUCUCUUGACACACCAGGGAUUGAUCGCUUGAUCGACCACGCAAUUGAUAUAAGUUUCUUUCAUAUCAAUGAAACCAUGGAACCUGUCGAAACCUCCGCUGGAUUCAAGAUGGUGCCUACAACCACCUUGACAGAUUGCCCACCACUCGAUUACCUCAUUAUCGGUGGUCCAAUACCAACUUAUCGUCUUCCCGAGUCUUUCAAGAGCUUCAUCCGUGCCCAUGUCGAAGCAGGAAAAGGCCUUUUCACGACUUGCAUUGGUGCAAUAACUGUUGCGCAAACGGGGAUCCUCGAUGGAAAGAAAGCAACGGUCAAUCAUUGCUUCUUUGAAUUUGCUAAGAAACAUUUUCCCAGUGUUAAUUGGACUAUUGAUGCUCAAUGGGUUAUUGAUGGAAAUAUUUGGACUGCAGGUGGUGCUUGUGCAGGUAUGGAUAUGAUGGCUAGCUGGGUCAUUGAUAGGUGUGGUAUGGACCUUGCAAAAUUUGCUUUUGAGAAUUUGGACUAUGAACCUAGGAAUGUGAGAGGAGAUAGAGUCCUUCCUCAGCAACAUCAUCACAUUUUGGACUAUGAACCUAUGGAUGUGAGAGGAGGAAGAGUUCUUCCUCAGCAACAUCAUCAAGCCGUGGAAAUUUAA